CGAUUAUUCAUGAACAACUCAACCUCUCUACUCACUGGUAUGUACAAAAAAAUAUCUCCUUUGGUAGAAUCUGCUUAUCUUAAGUGAGCCGGACUGUUGUGGUUGAAAACUGAACUCAGUGUCAGCAAAGAAACAUGUUUACCCCUGCAAGAAGGCAUCUUUUAAUCUUCGUGUACGUCAUCGGCUGGUUGUCAUCAUCUUGGGCCGAGGAUGGUUUCAGGAUUUGUUUCCGAGAAACCGAACGCAGUUCACAAUGCCAAGGACCAUCUUACAGCUGCAGUGGUUGGAGUUCAAAUCCUGCGUGGACUCAGCCAUUUCGAGAUGACACUGACCAGCGAUCUGGAGGCUGUCGGUAUCAAUGGAAGAUUGAGGCACACCAUAACAUUAGAAGAAAUAAAGAGUAUCGCCUCUGCUUUGCUGAAACGGAAGGAAGCUCACAGUGCCAAGGGUCCCGACGCUCGUGUACCGAUUGGAGUCGUACCCCAUCUUGGACGAGUUCUUUUCGAGAUGACACGGACCGCAGAGGUGGUGGCUGUAAAUAUGCUUGGAAGAUUGAAUCUCGAAUUACAACUAUUACAAAGAAACCAGUUUGUCGAGUCUGCUUUAAAGAAACAGAAGGAAGCUCUCAGUGUCAGGGUUCCCGCCAAAGCUGCAGUGGAUGGAGCGCAAACAAGGUUCCCGCAUGGACAUUGCCGUUUCGAGAUGACACCGAUAAUCGUGGAGGAGGCUGCACUUAUUCUUGGUAUCUGGACUGCACCCCAAAAUGUGAUGCUGCGUUUUGUCCGAGAGACACUCCAUGCCCCUGAAAAAAAACUUCAUAACUUCCGAACAGCUUCUAUGUGAACCUUUUUCCUGGAAUGGUGGACUUUUAAUAACUAAAAAUCGCUUUCUUUUAAGUUUUUGUUUACAAAGCCAAGGGACCGAGAAAAGGCGUAACUGGGAACAGUAUGCAUGGCGACAUUUUCCCACAAAAUAGGAUCCUGUUUUUUUUAAAAGAGUUGUUAUAGAUUAAAGGGAUUUCGUGAUUUCAUUUACAGGGACUGAAAUAAUAUCCGUAGAAGUCUACGUACUUGAAACUAUUUUUUAGGUCAUAAGGAUAAUCGGAUCCCUCUCUUAAUUAAAUUCAAUCUAUGAUUGUAUGUGUGUUAUAUACCUCCAUUGGUCCGUAUGAUUAAAAAUUGAAUGAUUUUUGA